GAGCUACAAAAGGCGCGUCCCGACGAGUUGAUCCUAUUGCAGCAGCGGCCGUAGGCUUUGACAGGCGGGAUCACAAAAAUACAUCUUAGUAGAGAUCUUCUCCGAUUGAUCUCAGCUUGGCAUGGUGGCAGACGGGGACCUGAAUCCUGAGGAAGGAUUUGAUGGCGCUUAUCCCCGAAUUGGCUUGUGCUUUCUCGUUACUUUUGCAUCCCGACCGUUCAAGUCAUGAUCCCAGAUCCACUCGCAUGGUUUCCGCAAAUUGAGUCUACAGCUGAGUGUAAUCACGGAGAUAGGAGGGGUCCCACAAAACGCCCCGCGAAAUGAAAUACGGUCUUCCCGUUCUUUUUUUAGCCUCGUCACCUCACAAAUCACAAACAGUGGGUUACUAAAUUCGUCGAGACAGGAUCUGAUUCAAUACAGGGCCCAUUUGGAAGUCAACAACCAGCGAAUUUUGGCUGCGGCGAUCAAACUUGAUAGAUCAUAGCGCACAGUACACUCCAGUUUCGUCGGUUUCAAGUUGACGCCCUAACUUUGGCCCACCUUGAACAUGGCUUCUCGUCUGGAAUCCAUCCCCUACGACGUCCUCUUACAAGUCGCUUUCUUCACCGCCUCUGGUUCCGUUCUUGGCCCACCCUCGUCUCUCCCGAAUCUUCUGUUAACCAGCAAAGCACUCUAUCGCGAACUCAAUGUCACCGCCUGUCCGCACCUCUAUGCCCGUCUCUUUCACCACCAAUUCGACGCACCUGCUCUCUUCAACCCAACGCCCUUUGGCCAUCCCGCGAGCACCACGCUCGCGCUGGAAUACGUGGCUCGACACAAACUGUUACGUCGGUCACGUCUCAGUAGCUGGUCUGACCAAGAUUUACUCGGUGACAUGCGAUGUGCUUUGCGCAUGAUUCUCGAGAGCGAUGGGACCAACGAAUCACAGCUCGCCUUGGAUAAUUUCCCAGAGCAACUGCUCGCGUUGGCCGAAGCGCAUCUAGGGUCUGACAGCGGGGAGGUCGGUUCACAGGAGCUCAAAUGCCUUCUCGUAUGGCUUCUUUCCAUGUCGCUUUCACAACGAGACAUAAGCAGAAUAUCGUCCGAACGCCUGGAACAUCUCUGUCUUCUCCUCCUUCGUUUCACUGUGCCCGCCUCCCAUCCUUCUCAAAUUCUAUGGUUUUCGGAACUAGUGACGUUCUUCCAAUGCGAUUCCGUCGCGAGUACUUCUUCGAAGAAACCCCAGUGUGGUUAUCUAGAUGGCCAUCCAUCAUCCGGAAUUCUCUCGCUAUCCCACCCCUUCUCAGUGCUACAACCUUCCUUCCCUGCGAUCAAUGUCAUUUUCGCGAUGAAAGAAUGCCGUCCGAUCCUGAUACCACCUCAUCUCCCCGAGACGCGCGCCAUCGCCCUUGCCAAUCAGUUCACAGGUCCGACAAGGCAAGAUCUUCGAGAGUUUCAAAGGUGCAGGACGCCGUUGUUUGCGGAUUCCAUUCCCCGCGAUAAUUUUAGCGCUUCGUUUACGCUUCCUGGGAGGAGUAGAUCGCAUGACCCUGAAUGGUACCAUCUAUUUGGGAGGGAACAUCCAGGGCCGCGCCUUACUGCCCCUCACCUGCGGCUUGGAGCCUUUGCUGGGCUGUGGAAAGGUUCCAUGAUGACAGAAGUUACUCAGGAGGAUGCCACGGAAAGUUCAGGUCUGAUGAACCGCCAGCCUUUACAGGUCCUCCUCAAGUCGUACCAUUGCUUCAGUUCGCAUACGCCGUUGCUGUCGAGAUCGGGUGAUGGUAGCUUCAACUCGUUCCCGUUUGAACCUUUUGACGAUAGUCAGACUAACGACUUUGAGCGCCUCCUAGACCAGCACCAUUACCUCGAAUCAGAAAGCGUGGAGAACCAGGAAGACGGUGCGACUCGCGAGCGACCUUCUCGGAGAAAAGAGCCCAUGCCACCGAUCGCUGACACUAUCCUUUGUGGAGAGACCACAGAUGAUCAUGACCAAGCGUGGAAGGGGUUUCGUUAUGUCGGGCGCGUCCACAAAGACGGGUUGGUGCUUCUCAAGCGAAAACCGAAAAACCAGUCGGAAGAGUACCUUGGGACGUCGCUUUUUGAGGGAAGGUUGCUGAAUGGAGGAACGUUUGUCGGGAGGUGGAGGAACUCGUUGGAGAGGCAGGGUCCGAGAGGGAUCUUCACGUUGGUCAAGGCCAAACGGGAAGACUCGGCGUAGUUCACGGACUAUAAAAUGACAUAUGCCAC